AUGCCGAAAAAGAAGGAGAAGAAAGACAAACAAGAUGACGUCAAGAAAACAUCAAAUCCUCCAAACAAGACAGAAGAUUUAUAUCUGAUUCAAAUAAGAUAUCUGAACGAGCAGCUGGAGAGGUUCCAGCUGAAAUGCGACCAACAAGAGAGGCAGAACAAGGACUUGAACUCUCAGUACAUCGUGCUGGAGACGGAGAAGAAGGACAUCGUGGACUUCCUGAAAUGCUCGGUGUUAGAAAAGGAAGCCGAUGCUGACCAGCUGACGGAGCAGCUGGAGAGUCAGCGUCAGGCUGCUGAUGAGCACAGAGAGGCUCUGCAGCUGCACCAGGAUCAGCUGAGGAAAGAGCUUCAAGACCGGAUUGAAGAACUCAACAAAGAAAACGUGACACUUGCGGUGAGGCUGGCCGGUCUGGAGGAGUUUCAGAAGCAGAAGGAGCAGCUGACGUCCAACGUGGAGUCUCUGAAGGAGCAGCUGGCCAGUCAGGAGGAGAAGCAUAAAGCUGCCAUCCACGACCUGGAGAUGAAAGCACUGCUGGAAAAGAAGAGGUUGGAAGAGGAGAUGGAGUCCCACGUGGCGACCAUGGCGGCAGAAGUUCAGCACCUGGUGGACCAGAAGGUCCCGGAGACGACCAGGUCGGCCCUCCAGGAGAACACGGAGGUCAAGGUUCGGAUCGGCCAGCUGUCGGAGCAGACUCUGUCCCUGAUGGGGGAGAACUCGGACCUGAAGGACCGAAGGAGUCGUCUCAGUGUGGACGUGGACCUCCUGGAGAAAAUGCUCAGCGAGACGACGCGCAAGAGCUGCGUCCGCAAGAAGGUGGUGGAGCAGCUCACUGAGAAGUGUCGGCAGCUGCAGGCGGAGCUGAAAGACGGGAGGGAAGAACUGGAGCAUCUUCAGACCAAACACACCGGAGUCCUGACGGAGACGGAGGCUCUCAGACGGGACCGGGCCUCGCUGUCCCAGCAGUGCACUAAAACCAGAGCGGAGGUGAGCCGGCUGGAGGCGGAGCUACAGGAGGAGAGGAGGAUGAGGAGCAGGAUGAAGAGCAUCAUGCAGGGAGCAGCCGUCGCUCUCAGACAAGCCCUGAUGGAUGCACCCACAGACCAGGACCUGGAGGAGGACUCUGUCAUCCAGUGGAAGCAGCUGAUGGAGAAGCUGCUGGUGGUUUUGGACCGGCCAACACUCACCAACUCCACCGCUGAGAGCGACCAGCUGGAUGAGACCGCCGACCCCUCAGCAGCCAGAGCACUGAGUCUGGAUCCGGCUUUGAGUUUUCAGUUCGAGCUGGCCCGCUACAGGCCGGGCGACCUCGGCCUCGUACCUCGUCCCACGCUGAAACACAAACACAGCGUCUGCAGGACGGGAGCAGCCGGGUCCAGCCGGGUGCCCCUGCACAGGAAGCCGUCCAGUCAGAAAACAGCCGGCUCCUUUAAACAGACUGAUUCAUUCACUAAACACAAAUAA